GAGGAGCGCCUGGUGGUUAGGCAUCGCCUGCCUGUGUCAGACGGCAGAGUGCAGCACGUUGCCUAACGCGGACAUCGCAGGCGUUCGGCUAAUACCAUUCGUAAUGCUGUCGUCAGGGGCCCUCCUGCUUUCCAAACACCUCACUUGUCACCAUUUUCUGCAAAUCGACGAUGCGGGUCUUUAUCAUCUGCCUUCGAGCUGGAAUACUGGGUGAAGAAACUGUGGAAAGAUUGACCUUAGAGGGAAUCACCCUCCAACUACAUCAAGCCUUUGCUAAACAAGACCACUACAGAGUGGGAUGUGCUCUUGUAUUGUUGCUGCAACAGCCGGAUUUGCUACCUAGACCUGCACAGCGCCUGGCUGCUAUAGUUCUCCUGCACGACAUGUAUAAAGGGGAACCCAUGGCUCUAAACCCCUUCACUACUGUGUUUGUACACCUUCUGCAUCCACCUGAUGAAAUGGGGAAGACCUCAAUGCGCAAAUUAGAGUAUGCAGGGGAAAUGCCAAGAAUUUCAGCUGUAGAGAAAAAUUUCCUUGCUCAACUUGUAACAAGCACAUCUCGAGAGUUAUUGAAAAAGACUGCUCCUCAAGUUUUAAACUCUGAACCUUCAUCCUACCAUAGUGUAGACAUCACAUCUGUUCAACUGGCACUAGCUGAACGACAGUCCGAGCUCCCUCAUACAGCAAGAGCUGGUGUUCCAAUAGUUCUUCCGGAUAGUGAGUCAAGAAUUCCUUUAGUCCAACCUGAUCAAACAGUGCCGAGAAAAACAGCUGAAUCCUUGCUGACUGGUGAAAAACCUAUAGUUCAACAGUUUUAUAAACCAGAAUUCUUACGAUUGGUACCACCUUUACAUGAAUGUGAAGAUGAGAUGGCUUGGCUCAAUAUUACAGAGCCAAAUAAACACAAGCCAGCUUAUGAUGUCACCUUGUGUGUCUCGAAAAGUUCUGGGGUUGAGGCAAAACGCCUUAUGGCGAAAGCAUUUAAUAAUCCCCUUACAACUCAGCAACAGCAACACCUUCUGGGAGAGUUAGAUGCUGAUCCAAGACUAGUCUACCACAUUGGUCUUACACCCAUCAAGCUUCCUGACUUGGUUGAAAAUAAUCCUUUAAUUGCUAUAGAGGUACUUUUGAAAUUAAUGCAGUCUACACAUAUAACAGAAUACUUUAGCGUUCUUGUCAACAUGGAAAUGUCACUCCAUUCAAUGGAAGUAGUUAACAGACUUACCACUACUGUAGAUUUGCCAACAGAAUUCGUUCAUUUAUAUAUAUCCAAUUGCAUAUCUACAUGUGAGACUAUUAAGGAUCGUUACAUGCAAAAUAGACUUGUACGUUUGGUAUGUGUUUUUCUCCAGUCACUGAUUCGAAACAAAAUUAUUAAUGUGCAGGAGCUGUUUAUUGAAGUCCAAGCCUUCUGUAUUGAGUUUAGUCGUAUUAGGGAAGCAGCUGCUCUAUUCCGUCUCUUAAAACAGUUAGAAUCUGGUGAAGCAGGUGUUGCAUUGGCAAGUGGACCAAGUAAAGGAAAGUCCGAAUCGUGAUGUAAAUGGCUUGUGUGAAUUAUCACCAGGUAUUGAGUUUUAUUGAUUAUUAUGCAUUUUUUUUUUGUUAUAAGCGAAUUUAAGUAUAACAGAUUCAUAUUACACCAGAAUCCUAUGCAAAAGAAAUGUUUGUGAAGAUUUAAGCGGUUGCCCAAAGAAUCUGCUUGACAAGUGUUUUUUUGGCUUGAUAUUUUUAAAGCUCUUGAUUUAUUCAUGUAUUUGACGUGUACCUGUAUUGGCAUUAAUGUUAUGUACUAAAUGACUUAAACAACUAGAAUUGUUAAUAUGAUGCACCAAUUGUGUUUUCCAAACUCCUUUAAAGGAUCAGGCAUAUUGUUUACUUUUUUCUGAUAUAGUGGAGCUAUGAUCUAUUCUUGUUGGAUUGUAAAAUUAUGAGACAUUCUUGAAAUAAUACACCAUUUGUAUAGUUACUUCAUAA